AUGGCACAGAAGCAUGCAGCGGGCUCGGCGCAGGGCCAGGCGCCCACCCUGGAGCUGAGAGCACGGCACCGCCAGCACUGCCAUGCGGGGGGGGCUGGCAGUGACCCCCGCCAGCAGCAGCGGGCGCGCAGGAAGCUCUAUGUGGCUGCUGGCAUCUGCCUCAUCUUCAUGGUGGGGGAAGCUGUGGGCGGGUACCUGGCCCACAGCCUGGCCAUCCUGACGGACGCUGCCCACCUCCUGACGGACUUUGCCAGCAUCAUGAUCAGCCUCUUUGCCCUCUGGGUGUCCUCACGUCCCGCCACCAAAACCAUGAACUUUGGCUGGCACCGUGCAGAGAUCCUGGGGGCCCUGCUCUCCGUGCUGUCCAUCUGGGUAGUGACGGGUGUCCUGGUGUACCUGGCGGCCCAACGCCUGCUCUUGGGUGACUACGACAUCGAGGGCAGCGUCAUGCUCAUCACCUCUGCCUGCGCUGUGGCCGUCAACAUCGUGAUGGGGGCAGCUCUGCACCAAACGGGGCACGGGCACAGCCAUGGAGGGGCUCAUGAGCAGCCCCACACCCAUGAACAGCCCAAUCCCAGCGUCCGUGCAGCCUUCGUCCACGUGGUGGGGGAUCUGCUGCAGAGCGUCGGCGUCCUCAUUGCAUCCUACAUCAUCUUCUUUAAGCCCGAAUACAAGUACGUGGACCCCAUCUGCACCUUCCUCUUCUCCGUGCUGGUGCUGGGGACAACGCUGACCAUCCUCCGUGACGUCCUCCUCGUCCUCAUGGAGGGCACCCCCAGGGGGAUGGACUUCAACGCGGUGCGGGACACGCUGCUGGCGGUGGGCGGCGUGGAGGCGGUGCACAGCCUGCACAUCUGGGCGCUGACAGCCUCGCAGCCGCUGCUCUCUGUGCACAUCGCCAUCAAUGCGGGUGCCGACUCGCAGGAGGUGUUGGAGGAGGCCAGCUCCCGACUGCAGCGCGCCUUCCGUUUCCACACCACCACCAUCCAGAUCGAGAGCUACUCCGAGGACAUGCGGGACUGCCGUGAGUGUCAGCCUCCCAGCGACUGAGCGACGCUGAGCCCCGCCGUUCCUCCCCGUCCCUCU